GUUACAACCUUCCUUAAUUAACUCUUGUCUAUGCAUCUACAAUAUUAACAACUCCACACUCGCAUGCAAUUUAAUUUAUUACAUAAACAAGUUUCUAAUUAAUGUAGUCAUGGUGGAAGAUUCAUUACCAGAAGAACUCUGCAUCCAGAUCCUGUCCAGACUACCUGCGGAGUGUCUUGUUCGGUUCAGGUGCGUUUGUAAGACAUGGUUCAAUUUAAUCAGCAGUGCACCUUUUUUUAUAGAUCAUCUCACACAUCAGAGCACUGAUAUGAACACGAACAAGUACCUCGUAUUUAAUCAUGACAAUUUUUAUUCGUUGCGUGUUGUUGAUGAAUCUGAAAAUACCUCGCUGGAGAUUAAUUUUCGUGCGGAGCUAGUUGUUUAUGGAAGUUGUAAUGGGUUAGUUUGUUUGUCGCAUGAGAGUGUGGAAAUGAACAGUGAUAUUUAUUUGUGGAACCCGGUUAUUAGGAAAAUUAAAAAGCUUCCUGUGCCGUCUCUUGUUUUUGAUGUAUCGCCGGAUAUGGUUGAUUUCGGGGAUGAUGAGUUGGUGACAAGUGUUUAUGUUUGUUUCGGGUAUGAGGAUGAUGAUUAUAAGGUUGUAAUGGUGGGUGUUGUUGAAGGUGUGUGUAGUGUCGGGAUUUAUAGUUUGGGCAACAAUUGUUGGAGUGUUGUUGAUGAUCUCGAAAAUGAUGAUGAUGAUCUUGAUCCUUUUAGGUUGCAUGAUUUGGUUUCGAGAGACUCCAGGUUUGUGAAUGGGGCUGCGUAUUUUAAAACAAGUGAUGAUGCUGAUAAUGAUAAUGUGAUUGUUUGCUUUGAUAUGAGCCGCAAGGUUAUUCGAGAGAUUGGAUUACCAGAUGAAAUUCAUGAGAUUGAUAGUUAUACUAUGGAUGUGUAUGGAGAAUCACUUGCUGUUUUAACUGUAAGUGUGUAUGCUAAUGGUUUGGGUUGUCUGUCGAUUUCAUUGUUAAGCGAUGAAUCUGUUCCGUCCUGGGAAAAGAUUUUUGUCAUUGAUUUAUCGUGGAGAAUGAAUAUCAAUCCCCGUGUACCAGUAAGGUUUAUCAAUAAGGGGAAAGUUCUGAUAAAGGUCGGGGUGAAGCUUUUCGUGUGCAACAUCGAGACACAAAAGCUUGUAGAACUAAAAGGUGAAGGGAUGACUCAUAAUAUCAGGGAUUGUCUUGGGGAAAGCCUGGCACUACUUGGAGAAGAUAAUGUGGAUGUUCGAGCUAUGAGUUACCAGAGAAGAUAGUUGAAGCAAUGGCAGAGUGAUGCUCCUCAGAGAUGUUCACAAACUUUUUAACACUACUUUUUUAGUUAGAUUGUAUGAGUUUUUAGUAAAUGUACCUUGUCAAGUCCAAUUGAGAAUGUGGAUUUUAUGAAAAGAACUUAUUAUCUAUGUGAGUUUAAUCGGUGACUGUA